AUGCAACAAAAAGAUGAUUUCGAAGAAUCACGUCGUCAUUUGACUUUGGAAGUUUUGGUUACUCUUUCUGAAACAGGAACUGCUAUGAUUCGGAAAGUGGUCGAAAAAGAUAUGGUGCCGUUUCAGCGAAAGACUUUUCAUCUAAGCUUUUUGAGGAACAAUUUUCAUUCUGCGCAAAAUGUUAAGAAUGAAUGGUUACGAAAAGAUCUAGCACAUGAAAUCCAGGCUAUAUGCGAAAGUGUCACUCGAAAUACAAAACAUUUGUUCAAACAACAUAAUCGUCAGUGGGCAUUAUGUGUAUUUGAUGAUGUUAUACAAUUUACCGGUGCACAUUCACAUCGUUAUGCACAAUUCUUUCUCUCACAAAUGGCUGAAAGUCUCGCCGAUCCAUCAGCUGAAAUUCGUCAAGCUGCUGCCUAUGGUUUUGGUGUUAUGGGUAUGAAUGGUGGUCCUNGACGAUGA